UAUCAUUUCACCUAUGGGUGGAUUAUCACGGCAUCUCUCAACAGUUCAACCCGCCAAUCCUAAACCAAUUUUUCCCGCCAAACCGAGCAAUCUGUCUACCAGUAACCAUCAAACCAACAAUCAGCAAUGGCACCCAAAGGCCCCUUUCGCCUCGUGACGGUCAACACAGCCCCCGAGCGCGCCAAGAAGCUAAUCGGGCGCAUGGUCGAGGCCCUCAAGGACCAGUACACGAUUGACUAUGUGGCCAAUUGCGAGACCAUCGCCGAGGUUGAGGAAAAAGUCAAGGCGGCCAAGCCAGAUGUGUUGUUUGCUGCAUCCAUGUGGUCGGCCGACGAGGCGGCACAGAUUGAACAGAUUGGGAGGUCGAUAGUGCCCGACGUCAAGUUCCACGCCAUCCCGCACGGCCUGCAGGUGGAAAGGGGACCCGACGCCAUCGUCGAGCACCUGUUGGAGAUGGUGCCGAAGCUGCUGGAUCAGUAGCGAAAGCGACCAGGAUCCAGCUUGCUUGAAAAUCGUGCAGGCGAGCCGGGUGCGGGGGGCUUUUUGGUGAUACGGUAUUACAGCACACUGAGUACAGCAAGAAAUGCAGCUUUAUUCUUUAUUUUCUUUUUACCCCGCAACUGCGCUAAAAACGCGACGUCAUUAGCGUGCGAGGAAAAAGACAGCGCCAAUUACUGUAGAUCUAGUUCAAGGGCCCAAUCGACCACCAAUUGGGUUGAUUGGGUUUUGCAUGAAUUUAACAUGUCAAUACCG